AGCAACAAUCACAUCCAAGAUGGAGACCGUUAAUGCUGGACAAAUGAUGAGCCUAGCAGCUCUACAGAGACAAGACCCGUACAUAAACAAACUGCUCGAUGUUACCGGCCAGGUGGCUCUCUACAAUUUCAACUCCAAAGCCAACGAAUGGGAGAAGACCGACAUCGAGGGUACCCUGUUUGUUUAUGCGAGGUCUGCCUCGCCUCACCACGGCUUCAUCAUCAUGAACCGACUGAGCACAGAGAACCUGGUGGAGCCGAUCAACAAAGACCUGGAGUUCCAGCUGCAGGACCCCUUCCUCCUCUAUAGGAACGGCAACUUGGGUAUCUACAGUAUUUGGUUCUAUGACAAGAGGGACUGUCAACGCAUCGCUCAGCUGAUGGUCAAGAUUGUGAAACAAGAGGCAGACCAUGCCCAGAGAGAGUCGCCAGAGAGGGCAGUGCCAGCGAGGGCCAAUGGAGUCGCAGAACCGCGGCCCAUCGACAUCCUGGAACUGCUCAGCAAAGCCAAGGAGGAAUACCAGAGAGCUCAGGCAGGUGAAACAGAUGUGUCUGCAGAGCCUAAUGGGAAAGCAGCUAUCAACGCCACAGUGCAUGCGCACAGCACAGCACAUCCUGAAAAGCUCACACACCAGACCUCUCAUACAAUGGUGAAGCAGAUCACAGUUGAGGAGCUCUUUGGCUCGUCGUUGCCCAAGGACCCCCCUCUACCCACCAUGCUGGCACAGAACACCACUGCUGCCUCCAGUGACAGUGACCCCUCCACCGCUUACCUCCACAACCAGUCUUAUCCCACUCCAGCCCACCAAAACCCGCUCUUCCCUCCCCAUCUCUCAGCCCAAGACCCCGGGUCAAGUCAGCGGCACCAAGUCCCUUGCCUGCUCCCAGCUCCGUACGUGCUACACCCCAGCCCUGUUUUCCAGUCAGUGGUCCCGAGGUCUGACCCCCAACCUCGGUGUUCAGUCUCCCCUCUUAUGGUGCUCCCAGCUGGCUCAGAGCCUCGUGCCGCUGUCCCUGCAGCACCGUCGGCAGCUCCUACAGCAUUUUUAGGACAGGAGAUACUCAACUCUCUCAAAGCGGCAGUGCCCUCUGUGAAUUUGGACAUCCACAAACCCAUCCUCGCACCCAACUUCCUGCCAAGCACGCUGUUCCCACCCCACAGCUUCCAAGAGCUCGUGGGGAAACCCCUUCUCCAGCACAGCAGUGAGAUGGAUGUUUUCUCUCAGCCUCCAAACCUGGUCAAACCAAUGUCUGUUGUCCCCAUGAGUCCAGGUUUUGCUGUUCCAGUGCUGCCGAUUUCUGUGCUUCUCUCCCCCAGCGCCUUCCUGCAGUCCGUCAAUAGGACCACAGCAGCAGCGUCAGUGGUCCCACCUGCCCCCGCCGAGCCUUCCUGCGCCUCUGUAGGAGCUUUAGAGCCUCCACAAGCAGCCUGCAGCAAAACACAGCUGCAGGAUACUCUCAUACACCUCAUUAAGAACAACCCAGACUUCCUUGGUGCCAUUCAUGAUGCUUACCUGCAGAGUUUGUCCAAGGACCUCAGCAACAUGAAGCUAUAGUCAACGUCUACCAUCACCACUGUCUCUUUCAGUGCUACCCCACCUCCGUGAUCUCUGAGGAAUCCAGAAGUUAACGGGACUUAGAGGAAGUGCAGAUAACAGGUUCUCGACACACUGCACACCACAACUCUUCAAAACUGAUCUGUGUUCUAUGGCCUAUUAAAGCAUGCAGCGCGUCACCUCACCCACCGCUCCUCCUCUCAACUUGUUUUGGGUUUUUUUGAGUUCUCAGCUGAACACUGAUGCUGUCCCGGCUACCUGCGGUACCUCAGAUCAACUUUUUGUUUGCUUUGUCGAACCAGAACUUCUGUGGGAGAGAAGGACCAGAUCAAAUAUCCCGGUGUGGCCUUGAGCUUUUAUUUUUGACUUCAUAAAUAUAAUGAAACAGUUGGCCACGUACUGGUGACGUUGAGCUGUUGCUGUCACUUUUCACCUCGUGAAAGACGAUGUUGCAGAUUGAACUUUGUGGGAAUCCAAGGCGCUGCUUCUCUUACUCAUCUCACAUGUUUGGACUUCUCGCAGUGCGAGAGUGUGGGAACAGUGAUGAAGACUGCUUGAUUAAAAGAAGGACCUCAGAACUGUAGUGUGGGUCUUUGCAGACAAACUGUCUCUGUGUGGACUUCUCGUUUUCCUUUUUUUCACUCAUCAAACCUCCCUCUAAGUAAUGCUGAGGCCGUUACCAACAGCCAUCACAGUUAUUGUGGACUUUUUGUCUCUUCCUUUUCAACUCUUGUCCAACGAAGAUGAAGAGCCUUCGGUAUUGUUUGGAGAAGCACUUGCAGCUCAAUCUGGGAAUCAUUUCCUCUCUGCUGCUUUUUAAAUGUUAUGUUACGGACUGUGACAUGUUCAUAAAAACCCAGAGACGAACGCACAAACCAGCUUCCACGCUCCCCGUCCUUUCUCCACUUUCCUCCCUGUCCUCGCUCGUGCUCCUUGUCUGUGUCGUUCAUUUCUCCUCCACCAGCUGAGCUCAGUGCGUGAUGUUCUUUGAGGGGAAGGUGCAACAGACGACAGUCGCGUUGCUUUUAGGGACAUCAGCAUUUUGGGAUACUUUAUGACGAUACGGUGUAGCUAAACUUAUCUGAACCUCAGGAUUCUGGUUCUGCAACAAUGUAUAAUUUAAAUAUGAGAAAAAUUUAAAUCUAUUGAUUUUGAAUCAUUGUUAACAUGCCCACCGUUGAUAUUAAAUUGCUUAUUGCUAGCUGAUGACUGGUAGCUUCACUGUGUGUAUGAAAACAAACUAAUGAUGACAAAUAUAAACUACCUCCAUUCCCUUUUCCAGAACACAGUUGAGUCAGAAGUCACAAAGACUGAAAGAAAAACUCGUCUUUUUUUGAUUUUUUUUUUUUUUUUUUUUUUUUUUUUUUUUGUAGUAAAAUGUUACUGCAGCACAGAACCAUAAACCCUGCAGACCCCGGUGGGAACAGAAGCUCGUCUCCUCAUCAUGUGCAACACUGAGUGGCUAGUUUACGCUUUUCGUGAACAAAGGAAACUAAUCCAAUGUACAUGAGAGAAUCAGAUUUCAAAGACUUGGGGAAGAAAGGUUUAUUAUGCGUCUCGUGGGCAUUUCUGAACACACGCAGCAGAUUGCUAAUAGGUUUCAUUUACCCUGUUGUCACCAAAUGUUCAGCACCCACUAGAUCAUUAAAACAGUAUAACAAUGUAAAAGCGCAGACAUUUAGCUUUACGUUUGUUCAGUGAUGUCUGAUGUCGAUAGUCAGCUCAUGGGUGAUGUGGCUUAUUUUUCACGCGUUACUUUCCAGAUACUAAAAUUCUAGAAGCACUCAAAGUACUGAGUCACUCCAGAUGGUAACCUUAGCAGAAUACUGUUUUUAGGUUUAACAAACGGAGAUUAUUGCUCUUUUUGAAUGUUUUCUUGCUGAAUUUCAUGUAAUCAACAUUUGGAAAUAGCCGAGGGAGCGAUAUGAAUCUCUGCAUAGAUAUCUGUCUCGAUAGUGAAACUACAACUUUGCAUUAUGUUCUGCUAUUUGAAUGUAUUUGAUUACUCGCAGUAUAUAUAUGUGCCAGUCUUGUUUUCCUCAAGUUCAACAUGCUUUCAGCACCAACUGUUAAUCGUGUUUUUCUUUCCCUUUUUGGCUUUUGCAAAAUUAAGAUAUAAAUCUUAAACAGGACGUGUCCACAGCCAGUGAGCAGAUCGGAUCAUUUGUACACUUUUUUGGCCCCGUUUAUAAUCUUUCCAACUCUUCUGCCAUGUGUUGCUUAAAUAAACGCACAAAGGGAGAAUGUUUGAAAUGUAGUGUUUUUUUUAAAUCCGGGGCAUAUAUUUAAGAUUUUAAGGUUGUUUUGUGCUUUGACAUAAUUUAUCUUAUUGGCCAGAGAUAUAAUUUGGGGAAAGUCUUUGCAAAUUAUAAUAAUUUUUUAAGACUGUUGCCACUGUAUAUAAUUUGGUUUAUUUUGUGAUAAUAAAAAAAUGUAAAUAG